AUGAGCCCUCUGAAUUCAGCCUUAUUUACAAAUGGCAGUAAUGACAAUAUUGUCCAUCCUGACUACUUUUUCAUAAGUGGUCUUGUUGGUAUUCCCCACACUAACUAUUACUAUAUCUUCUUGGGCUUUGUUUAUGCUGUGACUGUACUGGGAAACACUUUUAUCAUGUUUAUGAUUUACACUGAUCACUGUCUCCACAGUCCAAAAUACAUUGUAGUUUUUAAUUUGGCUCUGUCCGACUUGUGCGGAAGCACUGCACUUGUUCCUCAGUUAAUUGACACCUUCCUGUUUAAAUUACAUUUAAUAUCCUUUGAGGCCUGCUUAACUAGCAUGUUUUUUGUUAUUGGGUUUCUCACUAUGCAGUCGUAUAGUCUCGCAGCUCUGUCUUAUGAUAGAUGUAUUGCUAUAUGCUUUCCACUGAGAUACAAUGAGAUUGUGACUAGUAAAUCAAUGUUGGUCAUCAUAGCCAUAUUAUGGAGCAUUGCCGGACUGGCUUUUCUCAUAGCUGUGAUUUUUAUCAACACACUGUCAUUCUGCAAAUCCACUGUGAUAAAAAGCUAUUUCUGUGAGCAUGGACCUGUGCUCCGUUUGGCGUGCAAUGACAACACUCCAAGUUCUGUGAUUCAUUGGACACAUCCUAUUAUGAUUUUCUGGUUUCCAGCACUUUUUAUCAUCUGCACAUACAUUUGUAUUGGCAGAGCGUUAUUAAAAAUUGCAGCAGCUUCAGAGCGCCUCAAAGCCAUGAAAACAUGCACCUCUCAUUUGAUCUUGGUGAGUGUGUUUUAUCUUCCUUUAUGCUUUGGCGUUGCUCUGGGCCCUAUCAUUCACCAGAAUGCAAAGAUUCUUAACAUGUCUCUGUCGACUGUCUUGCCACCUAUGCUGAAUCCCAUCAUUUACUCAUUGAAGACAGAAGAAUUCACAGAAUCCAUUAAGAAGCUGUACAGGAGAAAGAAGAUGGACAUGAUUGUCACAAAUAAAUGA